AUGGGAGUCCUUGAAGAUCAAGUCAUUAUUGUCACAGGUGCCGCCUCCGGUAUUGGCAUGGCCACCGCGAUCGCUGCGCUGAGAGAAGGUGCGCGAGUGUUUGGAGUCGACAUCGCCCCACAGCCUGCCACUCUCAAGGAAAACAACAAAUUUCGCUACGCCCAGUGUGAUCUGGCAGUCGAAUCAUCUAUUGAUUCUGUGGUAAGCAAUUGCCUCGAGGUCUUUGAGGGCAGAAUCGACGCGUUGUUCAAUAUCGCUGGGGUGAUGGAUCACCAUGGAAGCGUCGACACGGUCACCGACUCUGACUGGGAUCGAUGUAUUGCAAUCAACCUCACCGCUCCUCUAAAACUUAUGAGAGCAGUUAUUCCAACAAUGCGUGCGCAGAAGCGAGGAAACAUCAUAAACAUGUCUAGCAGGGCGGGCGUCAGCGGCGCUGCAGCGGGGGUGGCAUAUACCGCAAGCAAGCAUGGUUUGAUAGGCUUGAGCAAAAAUGUUGCUUGGAGAUUCAAAGGCGACAAUAUCCGGUGCAAUGUGGUUUGUCCAGGAGGGGUCGCGACGGGCAUCAUCAGUAACAUGGACCCUAGCCAAUUCGAUCACGAGGCACUAGACACAAUAAAGCCAAUUCUGGGUGCUGUGUAUUCCAACCGCCCGGAGGGGUAUACCCAAAUGCUUCCGGAAGAAGUAGCCGAGACAGUAAUUUUCUUGGCCUCCGAUCAAAGUGCACGAAUCAAUGGGGCCGUUCUUCCAGUUGAUGAUGCCUGGUCAACCAUAUAG